AUGGCUUCAUCUUGUUCUUCUUCCAUGGGCUUAUUAGUUGUAGCUUACCUUUUUGUGGUUUUGGUUGGGAGCUCAAAUGCUCAAUUGAGUGAAUUGACCCCGAACUUCUACUCUAGCUCUUGCCCUAACCUUGAUUCGACGGUGAAAUCUGUCCCUUUGCCACCUAUGCUGAAAGUGCAGCCAGGAAGACCUAAGGCAAAAAAGAGAAAGCUUGAACCAGGGGAGGGCACUUCUGCAGCACCUGAGGGCAAGAAGCCAAAGGUGAAGAAACAAUGCAAGAACUGUGGUGGGUUUGGCCACUUUGCCAAAACAUGCAAGGCUGAAGCAGCACCAGAACAGCCUAACCCACCUGCAACAAAUCCAAAGGGUGGGAGGCCACAGAUGCAGACUCCUUGGCUUAAGGAACAGAGAAAGAAAAGUGAAGAGAAAGCAACAAGACAGGCUGCACUGAAGUUGCCACAAUAUCAGACUCCAACAACAGCACAGGCUGGGUCAAGUAAUGUUGCACCUGCAACUGCUGUGUCAAGCCAGCCUGCAACAAGAACAGAGCCUUUGCCAACUCAGCCUGUUACCAGGAGCAACAGGAGCCUGAGUCAGCCCACAAGAGUGCCAACAACUACUCCUCCCAAAGUCAAAAUACAGACCAGGUCCAAGCUUCAUGUAAUGACAAGCAAGAAGGACAAGGAUCUCAAUCAACUGUGACCCUAGGUCUACUCAUUAGUAUUUUGUAAUAGACAACCAAGUUUAUUUGGUAGUUGAACAAUGAUAGUUGAACAAUGAUUUUGCACAAAGGUGCCUUAA